AUGGCUUCGCCAAUGCAUUCUUCGCCAAAAUACUCCUCGGUUCCGAGUGACGAUAUCGAGAAUGGAAAUAACAUUGAGCCGUCAUUAGAGAAGCCAAAGCCCAAUGUCAAAUCAUUGUUGGCAGGCGUCGUGGCAACAAUAUUAAUUGUGGCCGGUAUGUUUCUGGGGUUCGAAUGGAGAGUAAAGAAGAACGAACCAGCCUUCAAUCCACAACCUUCCCCAUGUACUGAGCCUGUUCUACGUCGUGAGUGGCGGCAAUUGGCUCGCUCCGAGCAAGCUAGCUAUAUCGAGGCUGUAAAAUGUUUGAAUAAGCUGCCAUCCAAGAUGUAUUCACAUGGUCGGCUUAGUGAUGAUUUCCCUUGGUCACACCGUCUCAUUGAGCAUUAUGCAGCCCAUGAUGCCGCCCCCUUCUUACCCUGGCAUCGCUACUUUAUCCAUGUCUAUGAGCUGGCUUUGAGGCAGGAAUGCGGAUACAAUGGUCAACUAACAUACUGGGACUGGACUCUGGACUGGAAACACCCUGAUAGGUCCUCUAUCUGGGACGCUGAAACAGGGUUUGGCGGCAAUGGGGAUCUCAAUGGUAAUGAGACCGUAUUCUCCGGUCGUUGCGUGAGUGACGGCCCAUUCGCCGAUUACACUGUCUACUAUUCCAACAACACGAUCAAACCACACUGUUUAUCCCGAGGGUUUGGGUGUAUGGAGGACUCAGGGAACUUUGAUGGAACAUUUCUCUCGCCUCGGGCUGUAGAGAGAUCCCAUAAUAAGACAGUCUACCUUGACUUCCUUCUUUCUCUUGAGAUGGGUCCUCAUAAUGCUAUGCCCAAUGGGGUGUGUGGUGACUUCUUCUCAUUUGAUGCUCCGGCAGGUAAGCUGAAAAGAAAAAAUUAG